AUGCCUCCACCAUCCCAAGUCGUCAAGAACGAAGGCAUAUACCAUGGCAUGCCCACAUACCCCGACGAAGAACAAUUCAAGAACCUCACUGCUGUCGUCACUGGCGCCAACGGAAUCUCCGGCUACCACAUGGUCAAAGUCCUAGCCGCCGCGCCGCAACGCUGGAGCAAAAUCUACUGUCUCUCCCGCCGACCGCCACCAGACUACUUCUUCGAUGGGCUGGGAGACGGGGCGAAGCGCGUUGAGCAUGUUGAGGCGGACUUUCUGGGGUCGCCGGAGCAGUUGGCUGAGAUGAUGAAGGGGAAGAUUGGGAAGGUCGACCACGUCUUCUUCUUCUCGUACACGCAACCGCAGCAGAAAGGCGGACUGCUGGGCAUGUGGUCCGACGCAGACGCCCUGGCCAAAGUGAACUGUACGUUCCUCCUAUUCACUCCCACUCCUAGCACUCCACUAACGACCUCCCCAGCCGACCUCAUCUCCAACUUCACCCGCGGCCUCCAACUCGCCAACCUCACCCCCAAACGCUUCCUCCUCCAAACCGGCGCAAAGCACUACGGCUUCCACAUCGGCCCCGCCACCUGUCCCUCCUUCGAAACGGACCCGCGAGUCCUACUGGAGAACAACUUCUACUACCCCCAAGAGGACAUCCUCUCCAAGUACUGUGCCGAAAACGGCGUCGGCUGGAACGUCGUGCGGCCGAGCUACAUCAUCGGCGCCGUGCGGGAUAAUUUACUCAACCAUAUGGUUGGGUUCGCGAUCUAUGCGUCGGUGCAGGCGCAUCUGAAGCAACCGUUAGCGUUUCCGGGCGAUUACUCGGCGUGGGAUAGGGAGAUGUGCCAGUCCACGGCGAUGGUGAAUGCGUAUCUUGAAGAAUGGGCGGUGCUGACCCCAGACGCGGAGAACGAGGCGUUCAAUGCACAGGAUGGACUGCCGUUUACUUGGGGCAGGUUCUGGGCGCAUCUGGCGAGUUGGUAUGGGGUGGAGUGGACGCCGCCGGAGACGGACCAGAGCAAGUAUCGGGAGACGAUUUCGCGGGCGACGGAGACGCCGAGGGGUUAUGGGCCGCAGGGUGUUGUAAGGUCGAGUUUCAGUCUGAUGGAGUGGAUGGAGCGGCCGGAGGUGGAGAAGGCGUGGAAUGAGGUCAAGGAGAAACACGGCUUGAAGGUUGAUCCCGUCAAGGACCGGGUGCAGAUUUUUGGUCUGACGGAUUCGGCGGUUAUUUCGUGCUGGCCGUUGUCGUUGAGUAUGCGGAAGGCUAGGAAGAUGGGAUUCCAUGGGUCUGUGGAUUCGUAUGAGGCUGCGUUCCAUUGCUUGAAGGAUAUGGCGAAUUUGAAGAUUUCGGCUCCGUUGGCUACGGAUGAGUUUAUUGAGCAGUAG